GCCUGACCUGCCGCGGCGCGGCCGAGCCCGGUCGGGGAAGUUGGGGCAGGUCCCACCGAGAAGUUGGCGCCGGAAGAGCGGGGCGCAGGCUGGAGCGGGUCGGGCUUCGCGGCCGUGGUGGGGGCGACCUGCCGAGCCCGCGACCCCCGGGGCAGCGCCAAGAGGUGGCCUUGCGAGAGUGGGGGGGACGGGGCACUCCCCAGACGAAACGCCAGCCUCCCCAACCAGAGCCGGGUGCGGGACUCUUCCCAGCCGAAGUCUGCGUGUGAGGGAGAGAGAACCAACUUCUGCUUUUUUGGGGUACUCUGACGAGAACGGUGUCCCCCACCCAGCGCGGGCGCUCCUUGCCCUUCCGGCCGCGUCCUUGGGCAGCCUGGGCGCCCUCCCCUCCGCCGCCUCCACCUUUCCUUCCGCGGCAGCCCAGGGUGUCCGCUGUGCAGAUCCUCGGGUGCCCGGAAUCUCGUGGGCUCUGAGUCCUGCACCAGGCCCGGAGAUUUUGUGGAAGUAUACUACUUUGUCAUUAUGAGAUGUCGUCUCUCGGUACCUCCUUUGUGCAAAUUAAAUUUGAUGACUUGCAGUUUUUUGAAAACUGCGGUGGAGGAAGUUUUGGGAGUGUUUAUCGAGCCAAAUGGAUAUCACAGGACAAGGAGGUGGCUGUAAAGAAGCUGCUCAAAAUAGAGAAAGAGGCAGAAAUACUGAGUGUCCUCAGUCACAGAAACAUCAUCCAGUUUUAUGGAGUAAUUCUUGAACCUCCCAACUAUGGUAUCGUCACAGAAUAUGCUUCUCUGGGAUCACUCUAUGAUUAUAUUAAUAGUAACAGAAGUGAGGAGAUGGACAUGGAUCACAUUAUGACCUGGGCCACUGAUGUAGCCAAAGGAAUGCACUAUUUACAUAUGGAGGCUCCUGUUAAGGUGAUUCACAGAGAUCUCAAGUCAAGAAAUGUUGUUAUAGCUGCUGAUGGAGUAUUGAAGAUCUGCGAUUUUGGUGCCUCUCGGUUCCAUAACCAUACAACACACAUGUCCUUGGUGGGAACUUUCCCAUGGAUGGCUCCAGAAGUUAUCCAAAGUCUACCUGUGUCUGAAACGUGUGACACUUAUUCCUAUGGUGUGGUUCUCUGGGAGAUGCUAACAAGGGAGGUCCCCUUUAAAGGUUUGGAAGGAUUACAAGUAGCUUGGCUUGUAGUGGAAAAAAACGAGAGACUAACCAUUCCAAGCAGUUGCCCCAGAAGUUUUGCUGAACUGUUACACCAGUGUUGGGAAGCUGAUGCCAAGAAACGGCCAUCCUUCAAGCAAAUCAUUUCUAUUUUGGAGUCCAUGUCCAAUGACACCAGCCUUCCUGACCAGUGUAAUUCUUUCCUGCACCACAAGGCAGAAUGGAGGUGUGAAAUUGAAGCAACCCUGGAGAGACUAAAGAAACUAGAGCGUGAUCUCAGCUUUAAAGAGCAGGAGCUCAAGGAACGGGAAAGACGGUUAAAGAUGUGGGAGCAAAAACUGACAGAGCAGUCUAACACCCCGCUUCUCUUGCCUCUUGCUGCAAGAAUGUCUGAGGAGUCUUACUUUGAAUCUAAAACAGAGGAGUCAAACAGUGCAGAGAUGUCAUGUCAGAUCACAGCAGCAAGUAACGGGGAGGGCCAUGGCAUCAACCCAAGUCUGCAGGCCAUGAUGCUGAUGGGCUUUGGGGAUAUCUUCUCAAUGAACAAAGCAGGAGCUGUGCUGCAUUCUGGGAUGCAGAUAAACAUGCAAGCCAAGCAGAAUUCUUCCAAAACCACAUCUAAGAGAAGGGGAAAGAAAGUCAACAUGGCCCUGGGGUUCAGUGAUUUUGACUUGUCAGAAGGUGACGAUGAUGAUGAUGAUGACGGUGAGGAGGAGGAGAAUGACAUGGAUAAUAAUAGUGAAUGAAAGCAGAAAGCAAAGUAUUAAAGUUGGAAAUGUUCAGAAAGAAAAAAAGGAAAGAAAAUUGUUCUCUCAGUCUACAUAAAUAACAGUAAGGAGGCAGAAAAUCAAGCACUGCAUUGUUAGGCCAAUCACAUUUACAGGACAGUCAUUUCCUUAUCUAUUUAACUUUUGAUUGAUUUUUGCUUAUAGAAAGGGGGAAUGAUUAAACCAAAAAGAUAUAUUUAUGAAUCAGCAAAUACGGUGCCUGAUUAUAGAAAUUUGUGCUUCUAUAUACAAUAUAGUAUUUUUAAACUAAUGACAUUCUGGCUUUCUCUUUUUUUAAUGAAUAUUUUAUAGUUUAUAUUUGACUUUAUUUUAUUCCCUUUAUUCACUUAGAUAAGAAAACUUGCAUUUUGAACAAGCACCCUUCACUCCUAAUUCUUUUUUGACACUUGAUUCUUCUGGAACAUAUUACAUUUUUUUUUCUUAUGACAAUGUAUUGUAACGUCAAAAAUGAUUGAUAGUGACUAUAAAAUUCAACCACAAAAAGAUUGACAUGAAAGAAGAUUGUAAGAAAAUGCUUCUUCAGAAAUACCUAAAUGCCAAGAAUCUUUAAUACUUAACAGCACAGCUGCUCAAAGUGCUACCUGGGAACUGUUUUCAAUAGUCCAUUUGAAGGUAGAUACUCUAUUCUGAAGCCAACAGUAGGUGGUGGCUUGCAUACCAGAGCUAACCCAGGAAGCACUUUAACAACAACACACCAUCAUAUAAGGCUUAUCCACGGAAAGGGGGUGUGGGGGGGCACCUGUCCCAAAGGGAUACUCCCAGGUAAGCACAUACUAAGCACCGGCCUGCUCUUCACUUCCAGUAAGGGCACUCUGCAUGACCUUUUCUUGGUUUUCCAGAGGGGUGUCUUAAUACUGAUUUCAAAAUAUAUGUAUCGAUAUCUUAAAGAAGAAAGUAAAUGUUUUAAAAUGAAAGCAAAGAUAAGUCACCCUUACUUAGGUAUAAGCAAAUUCUGAAGGGUGCUUUCUAUAUCCAAUCUAGUUUCUCAGAGUAGUUUUUUGUUGUUGUUGUUGUUGUUGUUUUAAACCUGUUCAGUGAUGCUGGUAUUUCAGAGAAAUUGACACAGGUGCUGCUCUAAAUAUGAGGCUACAGAAAUAUACUCAGAAUGAUGUCAUAGGUUUGUCAGAGCUCAUUUAAAUUAUAAAACACCAUUUUUAAAAUUGUAACUAGAUAAAGAAAAGCAAAAGAACCAAGUUUUUUCUAACCUAAAUUGAAAAGCAGACAAUUAAACAAAUAGUCAAAUUAAACUUGACUAUUAAACAAAACUACUUUUAGCAGUUUAUUAUAUUAAAGUUAAAAGAAAGGAUGUCAUCAUGGAUAUUAUCUAAUAUUAUUUCUAAGUAUAUUCAUAAAAGGGUCUUUUAGAAUUUGAACUAUGAUGUUCUUUUAAUUCCCAUUGAGAACUAAAAACUCUACCAAAUGGUCAGUGUGCUGUGCCACUGACCAUUAUAUAGGGAGAAAUCACUAGUAAAAUGUUGUAGGUCUCUACUUGCUGUGCAACCCUGGGCACAGUAUUUAAUCUCUGUGAGUCUGUUUGCUCAUCAUUAACAUGGGAAUAAUAGUAACCUACUUCAAAGACAUGUCAUGAGGAUUAAAAGAAAUAAUAUGUAUAAGGCACUUAACUCAAUACCAAGCACAUGGUAAGUGGCCAGUUAAUGUCAGCUCCUAUUAAUUGUGCCAGUGAAAAGACACUGAAAAAUAAGUGGUUUUAGUAACCUUCUGGAAAACUGAACUGUCAAUUUCAAGUGAUACUGCUUAGUACAUGAAGUGAAAAUUAAAAAUGAGUAGCUCUCAGGAAAGAAAGAGAAUAUUCUUAGAAUGUAAACUGUAAAAACUGAUUUAAUUCAGUUGCUCUUGGGGAAACUCUGAGCCCUGACAGGUGCCCCAGACGGUGUAGUUUGCAGGUUGCACCACCAAAUUGAGCAUAUACAGAAUGAGCAGGUAAACCUUUGCCCUGGAAGAUGGGUCCUCCUCACACCUCUGCUGUAACUCCUCUGUCUGUUCACAUAAGAUCCAGAUGCAUGGGCAGCCUGUCUGCUCAGAGACAGAGACGUGCUCCCCACACUAGCCAGGCCGUGCAAUCAGAACAUCUUGGUGGAGCAGAAGAGAUACCUUGUAGCUCCUCACUUUUCAGGGUCCCUUGGAACCUAAAGGAGAGAGCAGAAGGUGUGGGGUUGUAAAAGCUCGUAGAUCUUUUCCAGGCAAAAAUAAAGCCAUUCAUUCCAUAGAUAUUCACUGAACCCCUUCUCUGUUACAGGUAAUGUUUUGGGGAAGAGCUAGGGGAAGAAAGCUUUUUGCACUCAUGGAGCAUACAUGCUAUGAGCAGAGAAAAUGCAUCAUGUGAUAUGUUAACGUUUACUGAACAAUGAUUCAGGAAGGAGGAGAAGGCCAGUGGAGGAGGCUGAGGUUUUUAAAGUGUGGUCAGGAAAUGCCCCAGUGAUGGGUGACUUUGAGCAAAACUGAGGAAGCCAGGACAUCUCUGUGCAUGGCAGGAUCUUGUGUAAGAAUGUGAACCAACCUUACCACCUCUUAAGAACAAUCCAGGGUAAAUCUAGAACAUAUAAACAGAAUGAAACUGACAUUUUCUUAAUUAUCAUAUAAAUCCAUGUGAUUAUAAAUAAAGUUGUGGUGCAUUAAAAGCAGCCAAAUAGGACCAAAAAAGGAGAGUUAUAGGAGUCUGUAUGUAGACCUAGGUUUAUCAUUAAUUAGAUAGCACAUCUCCCACCUCUUAACUGCUGCCAUUUUCCUCACCAAUAUUCCAGAGAUGUCAUAGCUCAAUACUCUGCUUAGUAAUAUAAUGUAUUAUCAUUAAGGAAAGACAUGUAGUACGUUACAGAAGAAUCAAGUGUCAAAGAAGAAUUAGGAAUAAAGGAUGCUUAUUCAAAAUGCAAGUUUUCUUGACCAAUUGAAUUGAGAGAAUAAAAGUCAAAUGAAAACUAUAAAAUAUUCAGAAUAGUAUGAAGUGAAUACAUGCUGUGCUUUCCAGAGGAGCAUAAUAGUCCUGGAUUCUAAGCAUGUGCCAUUAAAAAAUUGCAAGGAUUUAGGAUACAGCAGAAUUGGCUCAAAAUUGUUCUUCAUCUGGAAUUGGACUAUAUGGCUUUGGCUCUUUUAACUUUUUGUUCCAAAUCAGGGUCCUAGUGGUUUUAAAAUGGUAAAACAUCCCUGAAAUCCAAAUCACAUAAACAGAAUUUUGCAGUGCUCUCAUUCUGUCUAGAAAGAUUAUUUAAAAGACUUUAGAUAUUGCUAAUUUUAUUAAUUUUAAAAAGAAAUGCCUAUUAACCAUGUGUAGAAUUUCUAAAGAUGUUAAUUGUACAGCUUCAAAUUUCACUUUUCAGAUCAGUUUUUGAAAUGGCAAAUUAUCAGUAUUAGACUUAGUUCGUUUCUUAACAAAAAUGUACAUUUCUAAAGAGACGAGUUAAAGAAACAGAAAUGUAAAGAUUCAAAAUGAGAAUUGAAACUCUAAAUUGUAAUAAUUGUCAGAGUCAUACAAUUGAAAAUGUAUCACCUUUUGCCUUUUUUUCUUUAGUCACAAAGUUGAGCAUGUAGAAUUUGAUAACACCCUACUAGUGGCUCUCACCUGGAGCAGCAGUGUGUCACCUGAUGGUGUUUGGGGUGGAGAUUGGGGCUGAGACACAUUUUCAGUUGUCACAAUAACCAGGGCGGUACAUAGUACUCCUGCCAAGACUGGUAACAUCCUGCAAGCCAGGGACAUUCCCACCCUGUAAAGAAUUCUGCCCACAAUCUCCAUAGCAUCGUCCCUUCCCCAGUAGGAAACUCAUUAGAUCUGGCAGUUUUAGAGUUCUACCUCUUAAUUGUUUUCCCCAAAUGAAAUUA